GGUACGUCUCUCAGAGGAGUCUACACGGCGUCAAAAUCCAGAAGAACAUCGUAAUGCGAAAAGUUUUUAGUAACAGCAUUUAAAGCGCAUGCUUGUGGCCCCUUUGCUGGCUGUUGGUGGACGCACUUUAAGUACUGCGUCUCCCGCCAUGCGUCGCUACGUAGACGCGCUGGCGCGCUAAGCAGAGCGUCUGUCUGUCUGUCGAUCGGACGCUCGGACGCACGAGUUUGGGUGAGUUUGAUCUUGAGCGCCGUCAGAUUCGCGCGUCGCUUCGAAACACCCUCCUCUGUCGGUGGACAUGAACAAAAAGAAACAAGGAAGAAAUAGUGACAAGUGGAAAAUCGUUUGACGCAACUGCUAUCGAUUUAAUAUAAAUAUUAUAGUAAUAUUAGAGUAUCAAAGGGACAUAUCGUUUUCAAAAUCUUAAAUAAAUAUAUGAAUCGUUAAGAAAAGGAAAUAUUAUAUAUCUUAAGAUGUCUUUGGGGCUUUUUGAGAAGAGGUGGGUGUUGAAGUUUGUGUUUGUUUAUUAAGUAAGAUUUUAAAACCGCCAACAGUGGCUGUAGUUUAGCGACGAAAAUAAAUAGAAACGAGUCGUGUGAAUGUUCUGAGUUGAAGAAAGAAAUGAAAAGUGUGUUUAGUGAGUGACGGAAAAUAUAUUUUUACAGCAAUAAGUUUUGUGAAGGUUAAACAACGGGAUUUAAAGAGGACAUUUUUUUAAUAUUAUACGUAUAAUAAACACAGAGAAAGGAGAGGCAUAAAUGCCCUGAAUAAAUUAUCUGAAUUUUAAAAAUGUUACAAAAGUGAUAAAGUUUCUUGUUAUUGUUAGAAGUGAAUUAAAAUUUAAAUAGAAUUUAUUCCGUAGUUCACACAGAAGUUUGUACUGACAAGAUAAUUUCGCCGAAUUUUUAACCUAAGAACUGUCGUAAUAUAAUAUUAAUAUAUUACAAUAAAAUAUAUUAAUUAAUCUUAUAUAUGCAAUUAAACUUAUGAGACUAGUUUCUUCGUUAUUUGGUGGAAAAAAACCAACAAAUUGAAUGUGAUUGUGGAGACCACUCUGUCGUUUACUAUAUAUUUUGACUAAUUCUCAAACUUCAAAUAUUAAAUAAAUGACAUAUUAGAACUCUUUAGUGUUGAGGAAACAGAUAGUUGAUAAAUAUUGCAGUGUAUUAAAAUUAAUAUUAUUAAACUGUCCAGAGAGCCCUUAACGUAGACAGAUCUAAAAAAAAAAUAUAUAUCGAUUGAAGAAAUCGAACUAUUACGUCAACCAUUUCAGUGUCAUGCAGUAACGACUAUUCUGUUUCAAAUCCAGACAACAAAGGAAAUAAAUUUAUCGGAACAGAAAUAUGGUCAAAUUUUCAUAGCAACCGUCAAGAAAAAAACACCAUGUCUCUGCACUACUGCCAACCUCACCAGUACCAUUUGGAGCAGGUGGUGGGUUCAGAUCCCGUCCAGGGAUCUGAGUCAGAUGUGGCUGCCCUGUCUGACUUAGAAGAUGACGACGAUGAUGAUGAUGAUGAUGACGAUGAUGAUGAAGAGGAGGAAGAAGAUUUGCUGUAUCCGGGAUUCAUUCCAGUCGCCCUGAAAUAUCUGGAUCAGAACACAAGACCACGCAACUGGUGCCUCAAGAUGAUCACUAAUCCAUAUCCUUUACAAAUCACAACUCAUUUCAGCAUUUACGAGUCACAGCUUCGGUCUGCGGAACUGGUAAGUUUGUGCAGUCAACAUAUCCUGCUCGAAAGCCUUUCAUGUGUGGAUAACGCAUUUGUAGUAGAAUAAGUAAGUUCUAUAUAAAAUAUGAUACGUGGCAUUUAAUAUGAAUUAUUAAUGCUUGAUAUAUUUGUGUCAAAUACGUUGCUACUAGAACAACGUUCCACCGUGA